CAAACAUGAUGAUUCACACAGCAAUGAAGUCCAAACCAAGAAAUAGCCAUGGAAGCCGUUGAAUUUUCAGUUUUCUUUCCACGAUUCAAAUUUCAUUCAUCAAAACCCUAAUCUACCACCAAUGAAACGCUAUAGCAAUUCAUACAAUUCUCUCUAAACAACUAACAAUUCAACAGUUAGAUCGAAAUGCUCUUCAUCUCUUCAACACUCACACUCAAAAAUCCCGAUCGAUCUUUCCAUGAGUGAUUCACAGAGCCUCUCCGCCACUACAUCCUCCUCUUCUUCCGCUUCGAUCGUCUCCGCCACUGCCGUUGCCCAACAGAAUGUUAUCGGAAGUGGUGAUCUGUUGACUCAGGAGGUUUCGCGGCGUUGGCAUGACGUUUUUUGGUCAGCGAUUUUCUUACUUCACUCGACUGCGAUCGGUUGUGUUCUUGCUGUUCUUGGACUUAAUAGGUUUAGGAAGAAGGAUAGGCUUAAUAUUGAUAAGUAUACAAUGGGAUUUCUAGAGAAUCAGGCUGGUUUAACUGAGGAUUAUUGGCCUUUAUAUGCGGUUGCAGGGGGAGUAGGGACGUUUUUAGGUUGUAUUUGGUUAUUGUUACUUGGUUCACGAGCAAUUCAAAUGGUGAAGGUUUCUGUUCAUAUCUUGACCACUUAUCUUGCUGUGAUCAGUGUUUUAUGUUUUUGGAGUCAUCAGAUCUUUUGCGGUGUUGGCUUUGCAAUAGGGGCUGGAUUGCAGUUCUUGUAUGUUAUAUCUGUUAUAGACAGACUUCCAUUUACAAUGUUAGUGCUUCAGAAGUCUAUUAAGAUGGCGUGGAACCUUCCUGAGCUUCUAAGGGUAUCAUGUGCGUUCAUGCUACUAAUGCUCGUGUGGUUAGCUUUAUGGUCUUUUGGUGUGGCUGGUGUUGUUGCUUCAAGUAUGGGUGAUGGUGGACGUUGGUGGCUUCUUUUGGUAUUUUCUGUUAGUUUGUUCUGGACUGGUGCUGUACUCUGCAAUACUGUUCAUGUUAUUGUAUCUGGGAUGGUGUUUCUUGUCCUUAUCCAUGGGGGUCGACAAGCAACAUCUAUGCCUUCUAAGCCGCUGAUCAAGUCCCUACGUUAUGCUGUUACUACAUCAUUUGGUAGCAUCUGUUAUGGUUCACUCUUUACAGCUGCUAUCCGGACACUUCGAUGGGAGAUUAGGGGGCUCAGGUCAAAGAUAGGGAAUAAUGAAUGUCUCCUCUGCUGUGUCGAUUUUCUAUUUCAUCUUGUGGAGACACUUGUUCGUUUCUUCAACAAGUAUGCGUAUGUCCAGAUUGCAGUGUACGGAAAAGGUUUCAAUCAUUCAGCUCGAGAUGCAUGGGAGUUGUUUCAAUCAACUGGAGUAGAAGCACUUAUUGCCUACGAUUGUUCUGGGGCUGUUCUCUUAAUGGGUACCAUCCUAGGUGGACUUAUUACAGGGACUUGUGCUGGAGUUUGGGCUAGGAUUAAACAUCCCGAUAGGAUAAUAAUGGUGGGAUCUACAGCCAUGUUAAUGGGGAUGAUCUUGGUGGGAUUAGCAAUGGUAGUGGUGGAGAGUGCUGUAACAUCAAUGUACAUAUGUUAUGCAGAAGAUCCAUUGUUAAUACACAGAUGGGAUGCUGAAUUCUUUAACCAUAUGUCGGAGACUCUGCACCAACGGCUUCAAUAUAGGAGUUCUAGGGCUAGACCGAGGGAGGUACCUUCUAACUCUCAGCUUCAAUCUCAAAGAAUCCCGGUUACCCCAUCUCCAUGAGUUUUAUCAUCAUGUUUUUAUCUAAAUGUACCUUCUAUAGUUAUUUCCACGUGCUCAAAAUGAAGAAAACAUAUAUAUAUAUAUAUAUUGUUAAGAAUUAUGUUUUGUGUUUGUCCUAUUGGUGGAUUUUCUUAAAUUUUAGGAUAGAAUUUUGAUGUAAGGAGUCUUAGAUUUUAAAAUUGCAUGUCAGUUAUCCUUUGCAAAGGCCAUGUAUACUGACUUUUAGGUAGUUUGCUGGCAGUUAUUUAGUGGCUUAUUUGAGACAAUCUUUUGUACCAAUUUUUCAUUUUAAUAGUCAACUUUAUAUGAUUAA